AUGUACCUCACACUGUACCACCUUGUUACCCCCUCCCUGAAUCCCUUCGCACUGUCAGGGACCAGUGCCUCUCGUGGUGACCCCCGCACCCCCUUCUUUGAGGGGUGUUCCCCUUCCCCCCUCCUCCCCUCCAUUGCAUCUGCUGCUGCUGUCGACUACCUCAGAGCUGAGGGAAUCGGGGCCGCGUCUACUCCUAGUGGGAGGCGCAAGAGCGGCAGGGGCAAGGGGGGCAGGGGUGGUGGAGGUGGAGGCGGGGGCGGCGGCGGUGGAGGGGGUGGAGGGGGCGGGGGUGGUGGCGGAAGUGGGAGUGGCGUGGGUGGUGGGGGGGUCAGUGGCGGCACAGGGGGUGGUGGCGGCGGCGGCGGUGGUGGGGGUGGUGGGGGCGGUGGUGGCAGUGGUGGUGGCAGUGGAGCGGGUGGUGGGCGCGGUGGAACGGUGCAGCGUGGGGGAUUCGGCGGUGGCCAGAGGCAGCAGCAGCAGCGUCCCGGCGAGACUCCCUCGCCCCAGCAGCUCCGUGAGUGGUACUCUCAGUGUGGAGGGUCUGGGGGUGGGGGUACCUGCCCGUACGUCAUCCGUACAGGUGACCGCGCUGGCCAGACUUGUGGGAGGUUUCACACGGCGCAGCGCUAUUUCUUUUGCCUCGACGACGCCUGGCGCGAGCAGUUCCCUGACGCCUCUGAGCUGCCUCGCUGGGCUGAUCUGCUUAGGAAGGGGAUUGAUGUCUUUGCUCUUGAUUAUGAUGCUAUCCUUGCUGCCAUGUAUGCAUUGACUAUUAGUGCUGAGGGUGACUGUUACCUGAGUGUGCCGCCCGACCCAGGUAUUGGUACUGGUAAGGCUGCUGCGCUAGGUGCUCGUGCGUCUGCGUCUGCUGGUACUGGGUCUACUGCGGCACUGCACCCAUUCACACUGGACUCAGGUGCUUCCCGCUGUUUCUUUCGUGACCGCACUGUCCUUGAGCCGCUAGCUCGGCCUGUUGCUGUCUCCCUUGCUGACCCCUCUGGGGGCCCGGUCCUUGCGACCUCCUCAACUAUCCUCCCUUGUCCUGCGGCCCCGUCUGGCACUCUGUCGGGUCUCUACCUCCCCUCGUUCUCUACGAACUUGGUGGCGGGCUCUGCUCUCCAGGACGGGGGUGUUCACCAGUUCACCCCUGCCUAUGAGCGGGUGACCCACUGUACGUGUGCUCGGACGGGUCGCCACCUGGCUACCUUCACUCGGCAGCCGGGGUCCGACCUGUACACACUGACCACUGAGUCCCCUCAGGUAGCUGCGUCUGCGUCUGCGUCCGGUCAGCUGUCGGCUCCCUGCUCGUGUCGCUCCCUGUCGCACCAGACCGUCCUCUGGCACCACCGCCUUGGUCACCCCUCCGUGCAGCGCCUUCGUGGCAUGCACUCCCGGUACCUUGUCUCUGGUCUUCCCAGAGUUCUCCCUCCCCUCCCACCCUCGCCUGCUCCUCCCUGUCUUCCCUGUGUCGAGGGGCGGCAGCGUGCCGCUCCUCACUCCUCCUCGUUCCCUCCCACAGAGGCUCCCCUGCAGACUCUUCACCUGGACGUGUGGGGCCCGGCCCGCGUCCGGGGACAGGGCCACGAGCGGUACUUCCUGCUGGUCGUCGACGACUACACGCGCUACACCACGGUCUUCCCCUUGCGCACCAAGGGUGAGGUCCCUGAUGUUUUGAUCCCUUGGAUCCGCGCUGCUCGUCUCCAGCUCCGCCAGCGGUUCCAGUCGGACUUUCCCGUCCUGCGUCUGCACUCUGACAGGGGUGGUGAGUUUUCCUCCGACCUCCUGGCCGCCUACUGUGCGAAGCACGGCAUCCUCCAGACUUUCACUCUUCUGGACUCCCCACAGCAGAAUGGGGUUGCUGAGCGCCGCAUUGGUUUAGUCAUGGAGGUCACUCGUACCUCCAUGAUCCAUGCAGCUGCCCCCCAUUUUCUGUGGCCGUUUGCUGUCCGGUACGCUGCGCAUCAGCUCAACCUUUGGCCCCGUGUCUCUGCUCCGGAGACCUCGCCCACACUGCGUUGGACGGGGGAGGUUGGUGAUGCGUCGGUGUUCCGUGUCUGGGGAUGUCGAGCCCUUGUUCGCGAUACGUCCGCGGACAAGCUCUCCUCCCGUGCCGUUCCCUGUGUCUUCCUUGGCUUUGUCCCUGACGCGUCUGGCUGGCAGUUUUACCACCCCACCUCGCGCCGUGUCUUCGCCUCUCAGGACGUCACUUUUGACGAGUCGGUACCCUUUUACCGUUUGUUCCCCUACCGCACUGCGCCGCUUCCCCCCCCGCCGCUCUUCCUCACCCCAGGUGUCCCUUCGGUAGACCCCCUUCCUCCCCAGGGUCCUGCUCCCUCAGGUGUUUCCCAGGUAGACCCGGUCGAGCCUGUCGAGGUAGCUGUUGACUCUGGUCCUGCGAGGUGUGCUGCGACUGGAGGUGCUGAGCCUGGGGGUGCUGAGACUGGGAGUGCUGAGCCUGGGGGUGCUGGGUCUGGGGGUGCUGAGCCUGGGGGUACUGAGCCUGGGGGUGCUGAGCCUGGGGGUACUGAGCCUGGGGGUGCUGAGCCUGGGGGUGCUGAGCCUGGGGGUGCUGAGCCUGGGGGUGCUGAGCCUUGGGGUGCUGAGCCUGGAGGUGCUGGCUCUGGUGGAGCUGGAGCUGGAGGUUCUGGAGCUGCUGGAGCUACCACUGGAGCUGGAGGUUCUGGAGCUGCUACGAGUGUUGGCGCUGCGGGUUCUGAGUGUGCAGUUGCGCGGUCUCCUUGGAGUGGCCGCCUUCGUCCGCGUGUGCCUCUCACCUCCCAGCAGCUGCGCGACUGGUACGGUCGCCGUCAGCGUCGCGCUCCUGUGGCUCGGGAAUCUGCUCCUGGCGGUGCUUCCACUGACGUCCCUGGAGCUGAGAGUGGUGCUGGUUCGUUGUCUCCUGGAGGUGCCCACGUCGCUGGUCCCGGAGGUGCUCGUACCGCUGGUACUCGAGCUGCUGGGGCUGGUGGUGCUGUGUCUGAGGGUGCUCCCACUGGGGACACUGCGAUUGGGGGUGCUGGUUCUGGAGGCGCUGCUGCUGGUGGAGACUAUCCUGGAGGUGUUACCGCUGGGGGUGGUGGAGCUACUGGAGGUACAGGACCUGCUGUCGGUACUGGAGCUGCUGGUGCUGGCGGCACUACACAGUCGCGCCUGUUCUUCGCUCCGCCGUCUCCGUCGUCUCUGCCGCCGCCUGACUCUGUCCUUCGCCAGGUUCUUAGUCUUCCGUCUUCUACCGGUCUUCCCCUAAUGCCUGGCUCACCGCUUCCUGCUCCUUCUCCUUACACAGCGCAGUCCGGGGUCUUACUGAGCGUCUCUGUUCCUCUGCCGUCUCCUCCUGCGUCGUCUUUGCCUCACGUUCCGGACCCUGCGUCUGACCGGUUUCGUGCUGAGCACCCUACUGUCACGCGUCUGCUAGCCACUGUUGUCACUGACCCCUCGUUUGAGUCUUCUGCUGCGUCUGCCUUGGUCGCUGAGCUUGUUGACUUUGCUGCUGCCUGUCGUCUAGACUACGCUGCUAGCCUUGUUGCUGAGUCUGAGUCUGUCUGUCCUCCGUCCAUCGGGGGUGAGUGUGCUCUUGGCACGGACGUCCUUGAGGACAGGCACGAGGACCUUGAGUGUCUUGCAGCCGCUGCGCCUCAUCUCGUGGCCAUGCUGCUUGCCCCUGAGGGAGACCCGGAUGCUAUAGACAUCCCUACCCCGCGAUCUUACGCUGAGGCGAUCGCGGGUCCCUACUCCUCUCAGUGGCAGGCAGCCAUGGACGCAGAGAUGGCAUCCUGGAAGUCCACUGGCACUUACGUCGACGACGUUCCCCCUCCUGGGGCGAACAUCGUCAAUGGCAUGUGGAUUUUCAGGGUGAAGCGGCCGCCGGGUUCUCCGCCUGUCUUCAAGGCUCGUUACGUUGCCCGAGGCUUCAGUCAGCGAGAGGGAGUCGACUUCUUCCAGACCUUCUCCCCCACCCCGAAGAUGACCACUCUUCGGGUACUGCUGCACGUUGCCGCUCAGCGUGACUACGAGCUUCACUCUCUUGACUUCAGCAUAGCUUUCUUGCAGGGCAGCCUCCACGAGGAGAUCUGGCUGCGCCGCCCUCCUAGCUUCACUGGGUCGUUUCCUCCUGGUACCCAGUGGAGCCUCCGGCGGCCAGUCUACGGUCUCCGCCAGGCGCCACGUGAGUGGCACGACACACUGAGGACUACACUUGCGGCUCUUGGGUUCGCUCCUUCUACUGCUGACCCGUCGCUGUUUCUGCGCACCGACACUUCGCUGCCGCCGUUCUACAUCCUCGUGUACGUCGACGACUUGGUCUUUGCCACUGCUGACACUGAGGCUCUCGCCCACGUGAAGUCCGAACUGCAGAAGAGACACACGUGCACAUACCUGGGUGAACUGCGCAGCUACCUUGGCUUGCAGAUCACCCGGGACAGAGCACGCCGCACCAUCACACUGACUCAGUCACACAUGGUGCAGCAGGUCCUUCAGCGCUUCGGCUUCACCUGGUCCUCAGCACAGGCCACUCCUCUGGCUAUAGGUCACUCGCUCUCAGCUCUGCCUUUGGAUGAGUCCGUAGAGCCGAGUGGUCCUUACCCAUAG